AAAAACGCUUGUGUGCCCUGUAACCGCCUCUUCCCCACGUUUAGGAAAAUGAAAGAAAACGAAACACGAACUGUUUCGCCAACCCCCCACCACCACCCCCAAAACGGUGCCUGUGCCUCCACAAUUCUUUCUUCUACAACCCGUCCCUGCUACUUCUCUCAAUCCAAUCCCAUCCCACACACAAACAUGGACAGCUUCUCAAAUUUACCCGAGCCCCUCCUCGUCACAAUAAUCUCCUUCUUGCCCUUCAAAGAAGCAGCAAGAACCUCUCUUCUCUCCAAGCGUUGGCGCCACCUUUGGCGUUCCACCCAAACCAUCGACUUCAACGCGCGUUUCUUCAUCAACGUCGACGCAAGUAGAGAGGUGCAGAGACAAGUCUUCCUUGAUUUUGUGCGGCACUGGAUCGCAAACUACCAACAAGCCACUAUAAGCAAAUUCUCUCUCGCACUCUCUCAGCCGAGAAAUUCCCAAAUGGUCGUGGAAAAUUGCAUCACCUUUUCUCUUGCGCGCAACGUCAAACACCUGGUGCUUGAUUUUUCUGACCCCACAUGGAAUGAAGAUGACUUUGAAGGUCCUGCCGAUCCGACGUCGUAUGAUUUGCCUCUCUCUGUUUAUGGCCAUGAACAAGUUCUUGAAUCUCUGACUCUGUUUUCUUGCAAGUUUAAUCCUUCUGGGUUCAAGAAUUUUGGGUUGCUUAAACAAGUUUCGUUGGGUUGGGUUGAAGUGGGAGCAUGCACUUUCAAGGCUUUGCUUGUGAACUGUGGGUGUCUUGAGAGUUUGAGCCUGAAACACUGUUGGAGCAUGGAGAACUUCCUUCGUGUUGGUGGAAGGGGCUUAAAGCUGAAAACUUUGGUGGUUUAUAAGUGCAGGUUUUAUUAUCCUUGCUUUGCAGUUGAGGCACCAAAUCUGAGUUGCUUGAGGUACACUGGGACCCUGCCAAGAUUUGAUAUAUCCAGAAAUAAUAGAGGCUUGGAUGAGGUGGAGCUUGACUUUGGGCUUGAGUCUGUGUGCAGUUGUUCCAUGGCUGAUCGCCUCUAUCAGCUCUUCUUUGAAGUCUUCCCCAUGAGGGCAUUGACUGUUUGCACCUACAUACUUCAGGUUGUUAGCAUGGGAGAGGAUUUCAUUGGUAUGGAGCCGUCUUUUCCCGUUACACACUUGACAUUGAAAACAGCAAUGCAUGACUAUGAACAAGUCGGCAUCCGAUAUUUCUUGAAUAGCUGUCCUCAUUUGGAAACUCUUGAGAUCCAAUUAGGCCCCGGCAGAAUUUUUCAUGAUGAAUAUGAAGCUCCAUAUAGUGGACUGGAUCCUCAUGAACUGUGGAUCCGCCAUCCAGUAGUUUUCUUGUGCGUGACUCACACUUUGAGAGAGGUUGAGAUCAAGGGUUUCAAGGGGACGCCUAAUGAGAUUUACGUGCUGAACUAUCUGGUCACCUAUGGCCGUGUCAUGGAAAAGCUUACUGUGAUUACUUCGGGGGAAAUGAGCAAUCGCGGAAACCCAACAGUUUAUCGGAAUAUUGCCAAACAAGCGCUUAUGAUCGAAAGUGCUUCGCAAAAUCUGCUCUUCACGGGACUGUCUCAUACGGCAACAGCCCUUCAUUAUUGGAGUGAGUCCCUGCCCAAGAAUCACUUGUUUUCUGAAAGAUUCUUCUUUAGCACAAACACAGAGACAAACAUGGACCGGCUCUCAUCUUUGCCUGAGCCUCUCCUUCUCAUCAUAAUCUCACUUUUGUCCUUCAAAGAAGCCAUAAGAACCUCCGUUUUAUCCACCCGUUGGCGUCACCUUUGGCGUUCAACCGCAAACAUCGAGUUCAACGAGCAUUUCUAUGCGAACGUCGAUGCAAGUAGAGAAAUUCAGAGACAACUUUUCAUUGAUUUUGCGCAGCAAUGGAUUGCAAACUACCAAGAAGACAACAUAGAUAAGUUUUCUCUCACAUUUUCUCACCCUAGAAACUCCCAAGUCUUCGUCGAAAACUGUCUCAAGUUUUCUCUUGCUCGCCAUGUCAAACACAUGGGGCUUGAUUUCUCUGAACCUACCUGGGAUUUAUCUGAUCCUGGCGACAACCCUCAUCCGGUGUCGUUUGAUCUGCCUUCCCAGGUCUACAGUCAUCAUGUUCUUGAGUCUUUAACUCUUUCUUCCUGCAAUUUUGUUGUCUCUGAGUUCAAGAACUUUAGGUUCCUUAAACAUGUUUCGUUGGCUUGGGUUGAACUUAUGGCUUCAACUGUCAAGGCUCUGUUAGUUAACUGCGGGCUGCUUGACAGUCUAAACCUAAAGCAGUGUUGGAACAUGAACAGCGUUGACGUCUGUGGACAGGACUUAAAGCUAACCUCUUUGGUUGUCGAUAGGUGCAUGUGUUCGGGUUAUCAGAGGAUUUCAAUUGAAGCACCAAACCUAAAAUAUUUGAGGUUUGCUGGCUUUGUGCCCAUAUUUGAUGUGAACACAGCUGGAGGCUUGGAAGAAGUUGACCUUGAUUUUGGUCUUGCUUCUAUAUGUGAUGAAGAUAGUGGUUAUCUUCUCUAUGACCUCCUGUGUGAAGUUUACCCUUCGAGGGCUUUGACUGUGUGCAGUUACACGCUUCAGGCUGUUACCAUGGGACCGGAGCCAAUUGGUAUGGAACCGCGUUUGAGCGUCACAGACUUGACCUUAAAGACUGCAAUGCAUUUCAAUGAACAAAAGGGGAUCAAGUUUUUCUUGACUAGUUGUCCUCUAUUGGAGACUCUCACCAUCGACAUACGCCUCGGGACAAUUUUUCUCCAUGAAGAUGAGGCUCCAUUUCAUGAACUCAACCGUUGUGAUGUUUGGAUCGAAAACCCGAUAGUUAACUCGUGCAUAAUCCGAACUCUGAGAGAGGUGGAGAUCAAGGGCUUCAAGGGGACACCAAAUGAGUUCUAUUUGCUGGCCUAUCUGGUCCUCCAUGGUCGUGUCAUGCAGAAGCUUACUGUGGUUACCUCAAGGGAAAUCAGCAACCAUGGAAACCCUGCAGUGUACCGAAGUGUAGCUGAGAAACUGUAUGCAUUGAGACGUGCCUCACAGCAUCUGCAAAUCACCAUUUUUUAGAGAGAAAUAACAAAAUCCGAUGGAUGUUUUAAUUAUUUUCAUGUGCAUUUGAAGUUCGAAACUCAUGUAGGCACAGU